UUUGGACUUUUUUCCUUAACGUACAGGAGAACAAAACAGUUCAAGGAUACUGUCUCUCUUCCGAAUAACAAAUAUAUUAAAAUGGAAGAGGAGGAACCUAUGGAUAUUUCUGGGGAAGAGAGAGACUACUUCAGUGCAAAAACUUUGCCAAGCAGAUUUACUGAAAGUUUAGAGAAUUGGAAUUUGAAUGCCACUGUAUGUUCUUCUUCCCCAACCAGAAGUGAGACCAGACAUAUUGGAAGAUCAAUAUCUAUUGAUGUAAUAAGAAACAGAAAAGACAAAACUGUGUUUACUGGAUUUCAGAGAACAAUUAGUGAAGACCUAAGUGGUAAUAAUUCUAUUAGAAGUUUAACGUCUAAGAAACGGCACAGCUUGAGUGGACCAUUACCGAAAAAACCCAGACUCCUUGGCCCUGGGCAUCCAGAUUAUAAACCAGAAACAGGAAAACAAAAGGAAAAGCCUUCAUUAUUCAGAAACACUAAAGGAAAAUUCAUCCUCUGGGCUAUUUUGAUAGGACUUUGUUUUGCUGGAAAACUUUAUCUAUCGCAAACUGUGUGUGAAUUGUUUGUGGACAUUCCAAAUCUCGAAAGAAAUUUUGACAGUUUUCUGUUUGGGCAGCACAUAGCAAGGAAUGUUUCUAUAUCCACAUUCUCACAAUACUGGGAGCAGUCCUUAAAAACAAAUCAUUCUCAUUUGAAACCUAUUAUUUUCUCUUUCCAUGGAUGGACAGGAGUAGGGAAAAAUUUUGUGACAAAAAUAAUUUUGAAUUCAUUACACACUCGUCAUACAAAAAUGUUCUUAGUUCCUAUGCAUUUUCCUUCAUCCACCAUUCCGUCUUACGCAAAAGACAUUAUAAAGUCAGUAAGAAAACAUAUCAGGGAUUGUCGAUUCAAUGUCUUCAUUUUUGACGAAAUGGAUAAAGCUCCUCCUUCUUUGAUUAAAGGACUAAAAUCAGUAUUGAUUUCACUGAAAAAGAAGGAGUUUGACAGGCAAUGGAUAGUUUUCAUUUUCCUCAGCAACUCAAAAGGAACAGAAAUUAACAACUUCCUUUUCACUGAAAUAGCAGCAGGAAGAAAAAGAGAUGAUUUGACCUACGAAGAAAUUGUUUCUCUUUUGCAUCGAAAUUCAGAAAAAGAGUGGUAUCACGAACUACACAAAGAAAAUCUCAUUGAUAUUUAUGUGCCAUUUUUACCGCUGAACAAAACUCAUGUUGAGCAAUGCAUCAAGCAAGAUCUACGCCAGAAAAAGAGAGUGCCAUCAAACGACUUAGUGCAGAAAAUUGUCAAAGAGAUGAGUUUUUUCCAUCCAGCUGGCAGCCGUGUGGAGUACUCACUUACUGGGUGUAAAAGGGUUCAUGAUAAAGUUGAUUUACAUAUAACAUCAGUUGACUGACCAAUUUCAUUAUUUUUCAUUUUAUUAAAAUCUUAAAAAAGAAAGAAAAAAAGCAAGAGGUGAAUUUGGAAAUUUAUUUUUUGUACAUAUAAAGAUGGUUUUAUC